ACCCCACACAAUAUACAAGUUGUGACAUUGCAAGAAGAAGAAAAGCAGUAGUCAUCAAUCAAUUUAUUGAGUAUUGACAUAGACAUGGGUCGUCGUCUAAUUGCCGCAACUAUCCUCACCUUCACCUUGUUCACCAUCGUCAUCCUUCCCUCCGAGGCCAAGGGAGAAGGCAAAGGGAACGGCUUACAUGUCAGGUUUUACGCUUCGAGUUGCCCCAAGGUUGAGGACAUUGUUGCUGAGGUUGUGGCCCGUGUUCAUGAGCAAGAUCCCAAGCUCCCUCCUGCCCUCCUCCGCCUUUUUUUCCAUGAUUGCUUUGUCAAGGGUUGUGAUGCCUCGAUCUUGUUGGACGCGACACCAUCUGGUGAGCCUAUAGAGAAAACAUCACCAGCCAAUGGUGAAACACUCAGAGGUCUUGAGGUUGUUGAUGAGAUCAAAGCCCAGGUAGAGCAGGAGUGCCCCCAAACUGUAUCCUGCGCUGACAUAUUAGCAUUUGCUGCUCGGGAAGCCGUUUACCUAGCCGGCCUACCCCGUCACAAUGUCCCAGCCGGUCGCCGUGACAGUAGGACUUCACGUGCUUCUGAUGUCAAUGUCAACCUCCCUACACCUGUAACGCCUUUGGGAGACAUUAUAGACAUGUUCGCCAAAAGAGGCUUGACAACAGAAGAUAUGGUUGUCUUGUCCGGUGCACACUCCAUUGGCGAAGCACAAUGCACCCAAAUUAAAGACAGAUUAUACAAAUAUAGCGAAGCUCAGCCCCAAGACCCUUCCCUGGACCCAACCUAUGCUGAUGAGCUAGCCAGAAAGUGCCCAGCACCAGACACAUUACCUGCGAAGCAAGCAUUACGUACAAUGGUGGACUUUGAUCCAACAACACCACUUGACCUCGACAAUCAGUACUAUGUGAACCUGAUGAGAGGGAGAGGCUUGCUUCAAUCGGAUCAAGUACAGACUGCUGAUCCCCAAACCGGAGCAAUUGUGUACAGAAUGGCCGCUAGCUCUGAAACUUGGAGUAAAAAAUUUCUCAAGGCCAUGAUCAAGAUGGGGAGAAUAAAUGUUCUCACCAAAGAUGAAGGAGAGAUAAGGACAAACUGCCGGGCGUAUCUGUAA